UACCGCUUCUGUUUCCUCUCUCAAGUCUUCUGAAUAGCUUUUUUGUAUCCUCUCUGAAUAUAGCUUUAUAUGUGAGCUACAAGCCCACAACUACUACUGAUAGCUCUCAAUUUAUUGUUGCCGGCGCUACUCUCCAGGUUCUCCGUCACACUAUAUGGUCUUGCCGGCGAUUUCCUUUAGGUGAUUGAUGUUCUUCCUCAAAAUUCACUACUCUUGGCGAUUAAUUUCCCGACUGCAUUAGUGUAUUUUCCUUUUAUUUCCACCUCCUUGUUCUGUUUGCUUGAUGAAGUUUCGUGUAGAGCUUGAUUAUUGUCUUUCAUGUUCAUGGUGGUAGAAAUCAAGUUUCGUUCUUGUUGACUUUUGAGGGAAUUUUGGGUGGCUAUUGGAGUUUGUUGGCAUGUGGAUUGCUCUUGUUUGGAUCCAUGGAUAUGGUGGUGUUAUUUGUUUAGAUUUCUGGGGAUGUACCGAAGCGGAUUAGGAGAAGCCUAAGGUUUAUGACUGAUCGGUGUUUCUGAUCUUUAACUUCUACUGGGGUUUGGUUUUUGGGUUACUAGGGUUUCUGUUGCAGUUGGACUCACUGAGUUGUUUUUAAGUUUGCCUUUUGAAUUUUGGUAUGAUAGGCACAGCUCCACUUCCCUUAUGUUUAGUUUAGGAGCGGGAUCUGCCCAAGAUAAGUUAUUUUCUGAAUUUUUUGGGCUAAAUCAAUGGAGACCAACAAUGGGGCUGACACUCGACAUUUUUACCAUCAGAAUGCGUCCAAUUUUAUGUUGAAGGAGAAGGAAUUGAUGGGGGUUGGGAAAAAGGGUUUUGAAUGGGAUUUGAAUGAUUGGAAAUGGGAUGGAGAUCUUUUCGUUGCUAGCCCAUUGAAUUCUGUCCCCCCGUCCGAUUGCAAGAGCAGACAGUUGCUACCAGUCGGUUCGAGAAUCCAUGAAGCUGGUGCUUUGUCAAAUGGUUCGUCUUCUAGUUCCCAUGACACAAAUCCAGGUAGCGAGAGAGGAAACAGAGAACUGGAAAAGCGGAGGAGGGUUGUCAUGGAUGGAGAUGAAGAAGGGUCCCUCACUCUGAAACUUGGUGGGCAUGUUUAUCCAAUCACAGAAGGGGAGAUUGCCAAUCAUGUUGGGAAAAAUGGAAAGACCAAAUUGCUUCAGACUUCUUUGAACCGUGCGGUUUGUCAGGUGGAGGAUUGUGGUGCUGACCUUAGCAAUGCCAAGCCCUACUACAGAAGGCACAAGGUCUGUGAAACACAUUCUAAGGUCAGCAGUGCACUAGUAGGGAAUGUUAUGCAGCGGUUUUGUCAGCAGUGCAGCAGGUUUCAUGUACUUCAAGAGUUUGAUGAAGGGAAGAGAAGUUGUCGGAGACGUUUGGCAGGCCAUAAUAGACGGAGGAGAAAAACACACCUUGAUGCUGUUGUGAAUGGCAGUGCCCUGAAUGAUGAUCGGGCUUGUAAUUAUCUCUUGAUAAGUCUACUACGAAUCCUGUCCAAUAUUCACUCAAACAGUUCAGAUCAGGCAAAGGAUCAAGAUCUACUGUCUCAUUUUUUGAGGAACCUUGCCAGCCUUGACAGUACGCUUGAUGGGAGAAGCAUAUCUGCAAUCCUACAGGAAUCCCAAGACAUGGUGAAGAUUGGGACUUCUGCUGGGACAUCAUCAGAAGUGGCACCAAGUUUGCUCUCGAAUGAGCGAGAAGCUUCUAGACAUUUGGGCUCAACAACUAGAUUCAACAGAAGUACUGGUGCUCAAGGCUCUCAAAUUGGGCAUAUUGACCAAUAUGUUGAUUUAGCAACAUCUGAGGUGCCACAGAACAGAACUAGUACAGGUGAUCAUGGUGGACAUCAAACUAUAAUGCCUCCAAAACCCACAACUUUGUUUCCAAUAAGAGACAGCCUUCCAGCCAAGGCAGCGGUCCCACAGUUUACUAGUGGGAGGGUCAAAUUAAACAACAUUGAUCUGAAUAACAUCUAUAAUGACUCACAAGAUUGCAUAGAAGACAUAAAUAGCUUACCAGUCACUGGACUUGAUUGCCCUUCUUGGAUACAGCAGGACACUCACCAGUCAAGCCUACCUCAAGCAAGUGGGAAUUCAGUUUCACUAUCUGCGCAUUCGCCAUCUAGUUUAAGUGGAGUUGCUCAGAAUUUUUACUUUAAAUUACAGAACCGGACAAAUCGAAUUGUAUUCAAACUCUUUGGCAAAGACCCAAGUGAUUUUCCUCUUAUUUUGCGAUCACAGAUCCUUGAUUGGUUAUCCCACAGUCCUACGGACAUAGAAAGCUUCAUCAGACCUGGUUGUGUUAUUCUAACAAUUUAUCUUCAUAUGGCUGAGUCCACAUGGGAAGAGAUAUGCGGUGAUCUGAGAUCUACUUUAAGUAGGCUUUUGGAUGCCUCUGAUGACACUUUCUGGAGAACGGGAUGGGUGUAUGCUAGGUUGAAGCAUCAAAUAGCUUUCAUCUAUGAUGGUCAGGUUGUUCUAGACACAUCAUUUCCUCUCAGAAGUCAAAAUUGUUGCAGGAUAACUAGCAUCAUACCAAUUGCAGCUUCUGUGUCGGAGAAAACUCGGUUCACUGUUAAAGGAUUUAAUUUGUCUCAGCCCACCAUGAGGUUACUCUGUGCACUUGAAGGACAGUAUCUGGUUGAGGAAAAUACUUAUGACUUGGUAGUGGGCACUGAUACCACCAAGGAGCACGUUGAGCUCCAGAGCCUCACCUUCCAUUGCUCUAUUCCUGAUGUAAUGGGAAGAGGAUUUAUUGAGGUUGAAGACCAUGGUCUCGGUGGAGCCUUCUUUCCUUUCAUUGUUGCCGAGCAGGAUGUAUGUUCUGAGAUCCGUAUGCUGGAGAGUGUAAUAGAGGUGUCUGAGACUGAUAACAAUGUUGAGGGAACUAUUGAAAUGGAAGCAAAGAAUCAAGCUAUGGACUUUAUACAUGAAAUGGGAUGGUUGCUUCAUAGGAGUCGUCUGAGGUCUAGACUGGGUCAAAUGGACCCUAACUUGGUCGUCUUUCCUUUCAAACGUUUCAGGUGGAUCAUGGAGUUCUCCAUGGAUCAUAGUUGGUGUGCUGUAGUCAAGAGACUCCUUGACAUUCUGUUUGAUGGAAGUGUGGAUGCCAGUGAGUAUCCUUCUGUUGAGCUUGCAUUAUCAGAGAUGGGCCUCCUCCACAGAGCUGUGCGGAAAAAUCGUAGGCCAGUGGUGGAACUGUUGUUGGGAUACAUACCGGGUGAAGUUUUGGACAGGGCAGGAUCUGGAAAAAGGCAACUGGUUGACCAAGGCUCUGAUAACUUCUUGUUUAGACCAGAUGUUGUUGGCCCUGCAGGUUUGACGCCUCUUCAUAUUGCAGCCAGUAGGGAUGGCUGUGAGAGUAUUCUAGAUGCGUUGACUGAUGAUCCUGGAUUGGUGGGAGUUCAAGCAUGGAAGGGUGCUCGCGAUAACACAGGUUUCACACCGGAAGAUUAUGCCCGUCUGAGGGGCCAUUACUCCUACAUCCAUCUGGUUCAUAGAAAAGUUAGUAAGAAAUCGGAAGCUGGGCAUGUAAUCCUCAACAUGCCUACAGCCUUUUCAGAUUGCAGCACUAACAAGAAAGAAACGGAUGGGCUGAACUUAGGCAAAGUUUCUGGCUUUGAAAUCGAAAAGACGCCGUUGGGAGUGACGCAGCGGUACUGCAAUCUGUGCGAUCAGCGGCUGGUCUAUGGUAACUCCAGGAGAUUGCUGGCAUACAGACCAGCUAUGCUGUCAAUGGUGGCCAUUGCUGCAGUCUGCGUGUGUGUGUCCCUGCUAUUCAAAAGCCAACCUGAAGUUGUGUGUGUGUUCCACCCCUUUGUGUGGGAAUUAUUGGAUUAUGGAGCAAUCUAAGCUGACACCUGUUUGAUCGAAUUGGAAUAUGUAUUAGUUUUAUAGGCUGUAAAUUGAGUUACUGUGUAGAAACAGGAACUAUGAAUGGACAUAGAUCCUGCUUAUGUAUCCUGUACACUUUUAACUGUUGUUUCACUAAUUAAUAGGUGCUCCUGUUCAAAA